GUUAACAUGGCGGCGCCCAUGUAACUCAGUCCGUACCGCCAAGGCUUCGGCGCCGAGGCGCGGGCCCUGCGGGGAUUAGAAAUCACCAUGCUGAGAGCAGCUUGGAGGGCGCUGGGUUCUGUUCGGACCCCUGCACGGGCCCAAGCCCCAGUUCUUGGGCUGCCGGCUGGGGGCUACACUAGGGUCCCCUCUGACCGACCGGGCCUUCCCUCAGCUCCUCGAGGUCUUAUCCUGCACGCCACCCGUGAAUAUGCCAUCCAAAAACAAGUCCAACCCAGCCGAGAAGAUGAUCCACCCCCGUCCACGCUGCUCAAAGACUACCAGAACAUCCCUGGAAUUGAGAAGGUGGAUGAUGUUGUGAAAAGACUCUUGUCUUUGGAAAUGGCCAACAAGAAGGAGAAGCUAAAAAUUAAGCAGGAGCAGUUGAUGAACAAGAUCGCAGCAAACCCUGAGGACACCAAAUCCCUGGAGGCUCAAAUUAUUGCCUUGACUGUCAAGAUCCACAGUUAUGAAGAACAUAUGCAGAAACAUCGAAAGGACAAAGCCCACAAGCGCUUUCUACUGAUGAGCCUUGACCAGAGGAAAAGGAUGCUCAAAAAUCUCCGCAAGACCAACUAUGAUGUCUUUGAGAAGACGUGCAAGGAGCUAGGGAUCGAGUACACCUUUCCCCCUCCUUACAACCGAAAAGCCCACCGCCGCUUGGUGGCCAAGAAGGCUCUGUGCCUUCAGGUUUUCCAGGAGACUCAGAAACUGAAGAAGCAAAGAAGGGCCUUGAAAGCUGCUGCAGCAGCACAGAAGCAGGAUCAGAGGGGCCCAAGGAGCCCCUCCAAAGUUGAACCAGAGACAAUCAGCAAUAACCAAUAAUUACUGUUAAAGUUUGAUUCUUUUGCCCUAAAGAAUAACAGAAGUUGGGCGUUUGUGGCCUGAGAAAUUCCUUCAU